CCUCUCCGGAAUUCAACAUAUUUUCUUUAUCGAGGAAAUUCUGACUAUCCCUGUGAGGAACAAAUCUCACCGAUAGUUAGUCUCAUUGUUUUAAAUCCCAGCAAACAUCGCUUCGCAUUAUAAUUCAGAGACACCAAUAGUACCAAUAGGUACAGAGACACCACUGGUACCAGGACGGUAUAUUAACAAGGGGUGUUGAACUAGAGGAAUAAGGAAAAAAAGAAGGUGUUUUCAAAUACCGAUUUCAAUAAUGGACAAUAACAGCACAUUGCGUCCUGAAUUAGUUUGGAUUGACGGAAGGUGUUAUAGAUUUUGUGACAGUGGUGUAUGGUCCAAAGAUCGUGGCACGGCUGUUUAUCAGGAAGAAUCGAUGUAUCUAGAAGAUGAUUACGACAGCGAUGAGGAUUCUGCCAGCGAAGAGUUUGAUGUGCAACCCUACAAUGGCAGAUUUAAACACACCUUUUAUCUCGCUAAGCCAUUUUUUCCUUUUGUGAUCGGCACUAAAGGGUCGACCCGUAAAAGACUAGAAACAGAGACGUCGACAUCCAUUCAAAUCCCAAAAUUAGGCCAGAAUGGAGACAUUGUUCUAGUUGGUCCGACACGCCAGAAAGUUAUUUUGGCUCGCCAGCGAAUUGACAAUCUGAUAAAAACAUCGAGAAAGAAGUUGCACUACACUCAUUUUAUAUCCAUACCCACAAACUGUGAAAGUGUUCAAAACGGAUUCCAAAAAUUCAAGGAGUCAGUGCUGGCUGCAAACGAGCCGAUGAGGGGUGUCGAAGAAGAAAUAUUUCAAAAUCCAAAGAAGAUGCACCUCACUAUCGGCAUGCUGGUUUUGGUCGACAGCAUAGAGAGAGAAGAAGCUGUGAGAGCGUUAGAACAUUGCAAAGAAAAUAUAAUUGCGCCCGCUAUUCUCAAAAAUGGACCUUUAUUGUUAACUGUGCAAGGAGUCGACUAUAUGAAUGAUGAUCCUUCCGAGGUGAAUGUACUUUAUGCCAAAGUAUACAGUAAGGAUAAUGUUCUGCAGGAGAUAGCUGAUCAAAUUUCGGAUUAUUUUUUCGACAUUGGCUUCCUCAGAAAAGAUGCAGAUAAAGUGAACCUGCAUAUAACACUGAUGAACACAAAAUUCAGGAUACCUGAAGAUGAACGACGUGGAGCAAAACGAGAGACAUUUGAUGCAACAAAAAUACUAAAGGCUCAUAAAGAUACGAAGUUUGGUGAAUUUACGCUAAGUACCAUCCACAUAUCUCAGCUCCAUUCUCAAUCCAGCAACGGAUAUUAUGAAAUAACUGGAAGCAUUACUUGCUAAGAACACAAAUGUUGUUGCUCGUAAGGCUGAAAAUAAAUUGAAUUUUGCA